AUGGAGAACAUAGAGCUGACCACUGACCUACUGGUGAACAUCUCGGCCGAUUCACCCGCGUCCACCCGCAACGUCACCCACGCAUACUUCAAGAGGUUCCGUUACUGUGGUUACUUACUUCAUGUACUGGACUGUCGACCCAAGACUGACGGUGUGUCCUCAUUUGAACAUUUAAUGGUAAGGAUGGAGCUACGGGUAGCAGUGUGGUUGGGCCUGGUGACUCUGGUGGGGAACCUGAUGGUGCUUAGUGGACGCGUUCUCUCCCGUGACGACAACAAGAUCCUCUCCCUCUUCAUCCGUAACCUGGCAGUGGCUGACCUGCUGACGGGUUUUAUUGUGGUGGUGGCCGCCAAGGACCUACAGUUGGUCGAGUACCACGAACACGCCUACUACUGGAUGACCUCCUGGCAGUGUACCCUCACCGGCGUCCUGGCCAUGACGUCAGCCGAGGUGUCGGUCUUGAUCCUGUCGUUUAUGUCUGUGGAGCGGUGGGUAUGCAUCACCUGGCCCUUGCGGCACAAGCUCUCCCUGGAGGGCAAGGUCGCCCUCACCUGCAUCUGGGCACUCAGCUUCCUUUUGGCCGUCACCCCAGUUCUCUAUUACCAAGGGCAGCCGAGGUUCUAUGGUACAAUGGGUUGUGCUUCCGCUGCAUCUGGACGACCCUGGGUGCCCGUGUUCUAUUCAGCUCUCAUCUUUGUUGGCCUUAACCAAAUUGGUGUGGUACUGAUCUUAAUGUCGUACACUGGGAUGUUCUGCAGCAUCCGUAGGACAAGAGCCAACACACCGCUCUCCUGGGCGAUCGAGAGUUCGCCAUGCUUCUUCUUCAUAGUCUUCACCGACUGCCUCUGCUGGACGCCCAUUAUCAUCCUCCGCAUCAUGGCACUUGCCGACAUCCCCAUCACGCGUCAGUAUCAAUAAAUGGGUUAAUUUUCUUGGGGUUCCUGAAGAUAGUGUGUAACAUCCUCAGCAUGUUAGUUCUGGCCUCCACCAUGAGUCACUGGCCACUGUAACCACAGGUUUGGUUAUGAAGACUACCCGUGUUUCCAUUGAUUUUCACAACACUUGUUUGGGGAAUUUGUGUAUGAAAUUAUCACUGGGUUGGAAACGUUGUAUUUUGUAGUAAAAAGUACUUAUUUGGGGAAAGGUGGAGAUUGAAUUAAAUGAAUCUUGUAUCUGACAUAUGGUUUUUCCUCCCUUUCACUACAGCCAAGCUCUCGCCUACGUGGUGGUGGUGUUGUUGCCCAUAAACUCAGCCUCAACCCUUCCUCUACACCUUCACCACCACCAAGUUUCGCUCCCAGGUUCGACGCUUUCUCACGGGGCGGGGCGUGUGUCGCUGGCCACACCGGAGAUUCUGACUCAGAGGUUACCAGGACGUCUUUCUUCAGGAGUGCCACCUACAGGCUCACCAAGGCAGG